CCGAGGGUGGGCUAAGUGUAUGGCUAUUCCCUCUCUGCCUUAUUAGACAGAUCGAUCAAAAUAGAUCAAGCUCAUUUUCAUUCAAGGAUCGAUCGAUCACGAAGAUAAGUUCUUCGCAAAAGUAUAGAUAGAUAGCUUCUCUUUGUUUGCCUUUUCCUCUCCCAGCUCUUGUUCUUUCCUUCUUGAUCUAAACGUACCUGCUGAUCGAUCGAUCGAUCUUUCAUAUAGGUAGGUAGAUAUAGCUAGCAUCCUUGUUGUUUUUAAUCCCAAGGAUCUAGUUAUUAAUCACCUCCUGUGAGUUCUAUGCAAAAACUGAUACAUACAAGUUCGAUAUAGUUUCGAGCUUUGAUCGUUCCUUGCUUUUUUUUUUCCCUUUACCUUCUCUCUUCGGAAAUUCCAUCAAGACUCGAUAUUUCCUUUUAAGGGAAAACGCCUACAUAGAUCGACCUGAAUUAUUGCGAUUCACUUUCUCCUCCGAUCAUGGACAACGUUCUUCUGGAUCGUCGGUGCUCCGGGAGCUUCGAGCUCCCGAGGAGGCCGGUUGGAUUCCGGCCGGGGCACCUCGGCGGCGCGACGCCGGCGGUGGCACGCAGCACCUACAGCCAGCAAUACAAAAGCAUGGACAAAGGUGGCGCGUGGAUCAGCCAUGCACCCGCGCUCCCCUACGCGAGGCCUCCGAUAUACUCGUCGCCGUCGCUGCCUCUCCUGCCGUCCAACCAACCGCCUCUCCUGCCGCUCCCACCCACCGCCACCAAGUACGCCACUUUCCCAUACCCGCCUCCGCAGCAGCCGCUGCCGCGCACCGGCAGGGCUGCGGCGGCGGCGGUUCCGUCGACGCGCCAGAAGGACAGGAGGAGGAAGCCGUCCAGGCCGCCGCCGUCGACGGAGACGACGAAGGCACGUAAGAAGAAGCCGCUGGAGCGGGCAACGCCGCUGCCGCCUGCGCCGGCGGUGACAGAGGCCCUGGACGACCUCGAGCAGGAGGUGGCCCGCAACUUCGUCCAGGACCUGCUGCACGUGCUCGCGCCGCCGCCCAGCAGCCUGCCGCUGCCCAGGUUCUCCCUCGUCGUGAAAGCAUCGUCGUCGCCGUCCCCGGCCACCAACAAGAAGAGGGUGCCACCACCGCCCGCCCCGUCCUGCAACGCCGAGGCAGCCGCCGCCGACAGCCUCCGCCGCCUCCUCCGCCUCUAGAACCGGCUGCUUUCUCCGGUCUGUCCUUCGAUCCUAUGACUUGUCUAAUUAAUAUCUAUUAUUAUUUCCCUCCAAAAUUAUUUGUUUGGCCGGGAAAAAUACGUACCGAAAGUAGGAGAAAAAAAAUUGCAAGAUAGAAAGAAAAGUUGUGAUGCUCGAGCCAUGGUCGGUCGAGUUGUCCGGUUGCUUGACCGCGAUGUUGGCGUUUUGGAUGGAUGCUAGCUCUGCAGUCGUCAAUGGUGAGUCAGGUCGAUGAAGCUAGCUAGACGACGAUGUUACCUAAGCUUAAUUUGUGUGAGUGAUCGAUAUGUGUGUGUGUGUGUGUGAUAUAUGCCAGCUACGUAGAUAUCUAGGGUUUUACGUCGCGUACCUCUCUACCUACGUACGCACGCAGUGUCGCUGUUCUUGAUGAGGUGAUGAGUUUUUGGAUUAUUACCUUAUCAAGAGAUUUACUGCGUACUUGUCUGAGUCUACUGUCUACGUAUGGUGAUGUAUACAAGUGACAUUAUUGAUGUUUGGUCUAGUUUAUUAAUCAUAUAAACGUGCGUACGAGCUUAAAAAAUUUGGAAUAUAUUGUGUUCUUGGAUC